AUUUACGAUUCUGUAUAAUUGCAAUGCAUGCUGCGAACCCUGGACAUCCAUCAGCCAUCCCAUCGAACGUUGCUGCCGUGCAGCCGGACUCGAUGUGUCGAGCCACCGGAACCGCAACUGGACAUGUCAAGAAGCGGGCACCCUGCAACGGUCAGCCGACCAGAUGUUCCAUGUUGCAGGCACUUCCACGUGCAGACGAUAACCGCUGUCCAUCAUCACAUUGUUUCCGAGAGUUUGCAAGGCCAUCAUCUUUCCAUUCACGCUCCUCGCUUACCACCCGGCGCGUGUUCAGUCGGCGCAGGGAGAAGCGCGCACCCGUCGGCGCCCAGCAGAUCGGCAUCCGACCCUGCGGGCUGUCUGCCGAGGUACACUUUGGAGCUUGGCGUCGACCGAGCGCAUGCGACUAUCCAGCAAGCCGCAGAGCAGAGCCUCCAGCAACCAUACACCAAGACGCAGGUCAUCAAUUGACGAAGACAGGCUAUGGAGGCGCAAGAUGGAGUUCACCCGGUGAACCCGCGGAAAAGAAGAAGGAGAAGAAGACUCGACCGACCAGCGAUGUCGGCGCGUCUGCUGCUCGAUGAGCGACUGAAGGGCGAGGUGGGUGUGUUGAGUGAGGAUUUGUUUGAGGGCUUGUUUCGAGGACGGGGGCGUGGUGGAGCCAACACCACCACCAGUCACGUCGCAAUUACCCCGUGGCUGCCGAGCUCUGUCGUUGCAUCCCAGAAUGUUCCCUGGACCAUCCUGCCUGUGAGGAUUGCUGAGAAGGCCGACACGUUGACAGGGCGGCCGCAUCCAUCGCUGCAGAUGCCCGCUGCAGCACUCGCACUGCAGUCCUUCUCGCAGCUCCUUCACGGUCUAGCGCCGAACAAGACACAGCGCAGAGACACGCCGAUCGAGGUGCGCAUUCACCGUGUUGUCCCGCUGGGCUUGGACACCGUCUACGUCAAUCUGGACACAGAAGCGCUGCGGAAGCUGGACGAAGUGCAUGCCAAGUUCGGCGGGGGCUUCGUGACUCCGUCGAACGGCGCAGCCAAAGGGCCCCGGAACCGCUAUCUCGACAUCAACGGCAAGGCCAAGACGGCGCAGAGGGUAGUAGACCACGCCGCCCAGGAACAGGCAUGGAGGACGGCGGUGCGAGAAGCGCUGCGAGAAGCGCUGCAGUCGCCGACUGUGCUGCACACCGGCGACCUGCUCCCCCUGCCGCUGCCUGCGCACCCCAUCACGCACGUGACGCCGCCGCCAGCUAAGAUCGCUGCCUGCGAGCCUGUGUCGCAGGGCCUUUUGCUGCCGAGUACGCGCAUCGUGGUGCUGCAGUCCCACCGCAGCUCCAAGCCUGUCGUUCCGCCGCCUGUGAGACAAGCGCCGAUCUCGCACACGUUCGACGACAGCGAAGCCGAAGAUACCGCGAACGAUGCCUUCUAUACUGCCGACGAGCGCGGCGACUCGCGAACCGGCAGCCCGCCGGAGGACGAAUCUACCGACAAUCUCGAUUCGGACUUCUCAGGGUCAGAUGCGGGCGAUCUGUCUGACGGAUCCGACGAUUUCAUCUCUCUGAGCGCUCCUAUGCUGCCGCCGCAGCCUUCAGGCGUGCUCUCGGCGUUCACGUCCGCUACCCCCCGUCCUGGCAACUUCCGCACGAAUGGGUUAGCGACACCCGGUUCGGUCUUCUCCAGCUUCACGGCUACCAGCACUGUGCGGGGAGCGCCGUCUUCGAAGAGCAAGGUCUUCAAGGUGCAUGGCUUGCUGCAGAGCAUUUCCGAUGAGCUCGUGCACCCCAAGCCUGGCAGCGAGGACGAUGAGGAAGCUCGUGUUUUCGUGGAUACCAACGCCCUGGUCAAAGUCGGUUGCUUCUCUGGGGACUGGGUGAAACUCGAGGCUUCAGAGGAGCCGUCAGGUCAUCCGCUAUGGAGUCUUGGCUCGUUUGGGGCUGCUCAAGAAGAAGAGAGCUCGAAUUGGCGGCCAGUCAGAGUGUAUGGCCUACCAGAGAGCAUGUCGAAAAAAGUUGCGCGCUACCCAGUCAACAAACCUGACGGUGGCGAGCGGAGGAUGAGCAUAUCGAGCUUUUCGGGCCCGGCGAGCACCUCGCUGCCAGCAUACCUCUCUCCUGUUUUAUUGGCGAAUCUUGGAAGUCCGUCACAUCUGCGCAUCACGCCGUUGGUCGCACCACACGUGCCGGGCCUGCCGCGUACAGCUCUGCAGAAACCUCGCUUGACCAGUUCGUCACUGCCGCCGUCUGCGAAGGAGGUCACUCUACUCAAGAUCUCGACGCCGCUGUCUUCGGACCGUUUGCUUCAGCCAAGCCUGUUCGCUGCGCUGAAGGAACACUUCGAGCAGAAGCGUCGUGUUGUCAAGAGUGGUGAUCUGAUCGGCGUGUCCAUUGACGAAUCACUCGGUCGGGCCGUCUUCCAAGCAUCCGCAGAAGACGAUGUGGGAAGCGACGAACUAUUGUUUAACUCCAGAAAGAACGCGGAUGAAAGCCAUGCGGCUGACAGCUCCCAGCCCAAAGCCGUCGCAUGGUUCAAGAUUGGCAACGUCUCGUCCAAGACUUCGCAACCCCUAGAAGGCGAAGAGCCUGACAUCUGGGGCGGCGCAGUCACUGUAGAUGCAGCGAGUACGAAGAUGGAGAUGAACGGCAGCGAACCAGGCAAGGCACCCGCGCCUAUUGACAAUGCCUGGCAGUACUACCUUGGCGCGAAACGAACACCAGUCACUGUGUCUCAGAAGGUGAUGGCGAUGGAUGAGCUUCCCAAGCCAUACAUCUCGCCUCUUCGCAGACGAUUGCGAGAGCUAAUGUCUGUGGCUACUAGUCCGAGAGCCAUUCACCUGGGGCUUCCUCCAGUAGCUAUCCUCAUCACGUCCACUCAACGAGGGAUUGGCAAGGCGGCUGUUUCGACCAAGGCCUGCGAGGACCUGGGCUUGCACACUUUUGCUAUCGACGCGUUUGACAUUGUUACCGAAGGAGGUGCAGGAGGAGGCGAUGUCAAGACUGAGGGCUUCCUCAAGGCUAGGGCCGAGCGCGGUCUGACCUGCGGAGCCGAGUUCACCGCACUGCUCAUCAAGCAUGUCGACGCGCUUACAGCUGAUCGAAUGCAUACAGCACUCAAGGAGAUCUUGGCUGACUCGAGAGUACUGAUUGCGACAACAACAGAGAUCGACAAGGUACCUGAGGGUAUACGAGGGCUGUUUACGCACGAGCUGGAGAUGACAGCGCCCGAUGAAGGCGAAAGAGAGGGCAUCCUGCGCAGCAUCAUCGAGGAUGCUGGUAUCCGGCUGUCUCCUGAAGUCGACCUUGGCAACAUCGCCGUCAAAACCGCGGCUUUGGUAGCUGGUGAUCUUGUCGAUGUGGUCGACAGAGCCCUCGUCGCGAAGCGCACCCGCAUAGAGGAGCUCGCGGCAACAGCAAGCAAAGCGUCAUCAUCAGGCGAAGCAGUAACAAUCAGAGACAUCGAACUCGCCGGCGGCCACUUCAGCAACAGCCUCACAAAAGCCGACCUGGAUGGCGCCGUGGACGCUGCAAGGAAGAACUUCGCCGACGCAAUCGGCGCCCCCAAGAUCCCAAAGGUCGGUUGGUCAGACGUCGGUGGUAUGUCCCACAUCAAGGACGCAGUCAUGGAGACCAUUCAACUGCCGCUAUCCCGCCCAGAGCUUUUUGCCAAGGGCAUGAAGAAGCGCAGCGGCAUCCUCUUCUACGGACCCCCUGGAACCGGAAAGACCCUGCUCGCAAAGGCCAUUGCUACAGAGUUCUCUCUCAACUUCUUCAGUGUCAAGGGCCCCGAGCUGCUCAACAUGUACAUUGGUGAGUCGGAAGCCAACGUCCGGCGUGUCUUCCAGCGGGCGCGCGAUGCAAGACCCUGUGUGGUCUUUUUCGACGAACUGGACUCUGUGGCGCCGAAGCGUGGAAAUCAGGGUGACAGCGGCGGCGUCAUGGACCGUAUUGUCUCCCAAUUGCUGGCCGAGCUCGAUGGCAUGAGCGAUGGCGGCGAAGGUGUGUUCGUCAUCGGUGCAACAAAUCGUCCAGAUCUGCUCGACCAAGCUCUGCUGCGUCCCGGACGAUUCGACAAGAUGCUGUACCUGGGUGUGUCAGACACACAUGAGAAACAGCAGACCAUCUUGGAGGCGCUGAGCAGAAAAUUCACACUCCACCCCGACCUCUCCCUCGCUCGCGUCAGCCAGGGCCUACCAUUCACAUACACAGGCGCGGACAUGUACGCGCUCUGCUCGGACGCGAUGCUCAAAGCCAUCACGCGGCAAGCACGGGCUGUCGAUAAAAAGGUCAAGGAGUACAACGACACUCACGACCAGAAGAUUAGCAUCGCGUACUUCUUCGAUCAUUUUGCGACUGAGGAGGACACCGCUGUCAUGGUCACAGAACAAGACUAUAUGGAGGCACACAAGGAGUUGGUGCCGUCCGUCAGCGCGGAUGAGCUGAGGCACUACGACAGGGUGCGCGCCACUUUUGAAGGCGCGGGGAAGCCGGAUGAGAGUAAGAAGCAGAUCGAGGCGCCGCCGGCGACGAAUGGAGCAUCUGCGAGCGUUGCGGCCGGUAAGGGCAAGGGCAAGGGCAAGGGCAAGGGCAAGGCGGUUGCAACGGGAGAUGAAGACGACGAAAUGUUGGUUAGGACGGAGAACAUCGAUCUCAAUGGGACGGGUGGUGGAAGUGGAAGUGGGAGCAGUAGUGGGAAGGGGAAGGGAAAAGCGUCUGCAUCUGGGCACAAGAGUCAGAGCAGUGUUGAUAUCGCGGAAGGCGGAUUUGGCGAUGCGGGGGAUGAUGAGGAGUUGUACUCUUGACGUACAUGAUGCGAUAGUAUCGUGUCUGCGUCGCAGUGUUGGAUGUAUUGUGUAGUCCAACCAGGAUGCCUCUCUCCCAGGGGACACAUCACAGGCCGGAAAGGUUCUGAACAAGAUAUUAUGGCGCGC